AUGGCGGCGCGUUUGACAUCGUUCCUCUGUUGGGAGCAUCACGUUUGGAGACAUUUCCUGGAAGCUCUUUGCGGCGCUCCUCCGGUGCUCGCCGCUGUCCAAGGUGAAGCUCCAGGUGCAAUGUACGAAUUCACCGAUGAGUCCAAGACGAAGCUCUUCCUGGGAUCGACCAAGUCCUGCUAUCCACCCCCUGCUUUCUGGGUGGAUGGCGCGUUGGCAAGGGAAGUUGUAGUUGGAGCUGCUGCUGUCUUCGGAGCCCUCGCCUCCCCACACCAGCAGCGAGGCGGCCGUGGCGACGGGAGCAACCGCGUCGAUGCCCUCGGCCGCCUCCUGACGACGGUCUUGCGGCACAUGGCGCCGGAGCUGAGCCUGGGCAUGAGGAGCGACGGCUACGUGCGUGCCCGCGACCUGCUCGGCCUCAGCCUGCAGACCUUCGCCAAGGCUCCCCUCAAGUCCCACUCGGUGGAUGAAAUCAGGGAGGCGGUCAGGCGAGACAACAAGCAGAGGUUCAGUCUGUUGGAGGAGGAUGGCGAGCUGCUGAUUCGGGCUAACCAGGGGCACACUGUGACAACUGUUGCAUCAGAGAGCUUGCUGAAACCAAUUUUAUCAGCCGACGAAGUCUCAGUUUGUGUCCAUGGGACCUACAGGAAGAAUCUUGAUUCAAUAUUGCAACAUGGACUAAAACGUAUGGAAAGGCUACAUGUACAUUUCUCAAGCGGGUUGCCAUCAGACGAAGGAGUCAUAAGCGGUAUGCGGCGUAGCGCAAACAUAUUGAUACACCUGGAUGUCCACAAGGCGCUGCAAGAUGGGAUGAAGCUAUACAUCUCCGACAACAAGGUGAUACUGACAGAGGGUUUCGAUGGCGUCGUCCCCGUCAAGUACUUGGAGAAGAUGGAGUCGUGGCCAGGACGCCCUCCGAUACCUUUCCAAAGAUAAAACCGUGGCUUUGCGUUGAUAGCUUGGGAUGCACUCACUCCCUUGAGUAAACCAUGCUGUAAUAUCUCCCUGAAGGCAUCAUGUGACACACACACUCUGAUACAUGGGAGGGAGUAUCGUUCUGGACCUUAUACUAGUGGUUGUGCAAAACAUGCGUGCGAUGAUGAUGAUGAUAACCUGCACCUGGCGGUGGUGCUUUUAUA